GUUCCUCUUCUCGUUCACUCACUCGGUCUCUAUCACCGUGCUGGAGGUGGUGGCAGGCAGUGGUCUUUGCGAACUCUCUGGCCGGCUGCUCUGACGUUUGCGUCAACGUUACACUUACUGAGCGUUAAGUAAACGACCAUCGCAACAAGCUCCAGUGCUGAGAUCCAGUGGCGCAGCAGCUGAGAGAGGGCCAUGGAGCGCACCGGCCGCCGGGUGUUUGUGGUGGGUGUGGGCAUGACCAAGUUCGCCAAGCCGGGCGACAAGAAGCGUGACUACCCUGUGCUGGCCAAGGAGGCCGUGGCAGCGGCUCUGCAGGACUGCGGUAUGGAGUAUGCCGACGUGGAGCAAGCCUGCUGCGGCUACGUGUACGGCGACUCGACGUGCGGCCAGCGUUGCCUCUACGAGCUCGGAAUGACGGGCAUCCCUGUGUACAACGUCAACAACAACUGCUCGACCGGCUCGACGGCGCUGCUGUUGGCCAAACAGCUGGUCGAGGGUGGCCUGUCCGACGUGGUGCUGGCGCUAGGCUUCGAGAAGAUGGACCGUGGCUCGCUCACCUCCAAGUACCGCGACCGCGCGAACCCCGUUGAGAAACACGCUAAGGUGCUGGCUGCCACUCACGGCCUGGCGCCGGCGCCCAUGGCCGCGCAGAUGUUCGGCGCUGCAGGGAUGGAGCACAUGGCCAAGUACGGCAGCACGCGCGAACACCUGGCGAAGAUCGCCCAAAAGAACCACCGUCACUCGGUGAACAACCCGAACUCGCAGUUCCGCGACGAGCACACGCUCGAGGAGAUCCUCGAGUCUCCCGUGGUGUUUGGGCCGCUCACUAAGUUGCAGUGUUGCCCGACGUCGGACGGGGCGGCGGCUGCCAUCCUGGUGAGCGAGGCCGUGGUGCGGCGGCUGCAUCUAGAGGCGCAGGCAGUGGAAGUGCUCAGCAUGCAGAUGGCCACCGACCUGCCGUCGGCAUUUGCCGACAACUCGUGCAUCGAAAUGGUGGGCUUCAGCAUGACGCGCAAGGCAGCCCAAGAGGCAUUCCGGCGCGCAGGCCUCACUCCCAACGACGUGCAAGUGAUCGAGCUGCACGACUGCUUCUCGGCCAACGAGCUGCUGGCGUACGAGGCGCUCGGCCUCUGCCCUGUCGGCAAGGGGGCCGAGCUAGUGGACCGCGGCGACAACACGUAUGGCGGCAAGUACGUGGUGAACCCGAGCGGAGGCCUCAUCUCCAAGGGCCACCCGCUUGGUGCCACGGGGCUGGCACAGUGCGCCGAGCUGUGCUGGCAGCUGCGUGGCGCGGCUGGCCCUCGCCAGGUGCCCGGUGCCCGCAUCGCGCUGCAGCACAACAUCGGCAUUGGCGGCGCGGUCGUCGUCGCCUUGUACCGCCUUGGCUUUCCCAGGGCCGCUCUCUGAGCGCUGCCUGCACUGUAAAUACUAUACGCUACGGUAUACUUGGUCACGGCUGUUCUCUCCCAGUCCGCUAGCACAAUAAAAGAGGCUUUAACACUGUU